CGCCAGAAUACAAACCCACCUAUGUGUUCCGAACCUUUCGUCCCCAUCUAAUUUUUCUCCACCUUUCUCUCUCCUCCCACUACAAACUAAAGUAGAGAAUACAAACUCCUACAUUUACAUAACCCACCAAACCCCAACCCAAUUCUCUGCUUUACCCACUUCCAUUUCUACCCUAAAUCAUUCUUAAUCACCUAUUGUUCCACUGAUUUACGGUUUUUUCAGGUGAUGUACUUAUUCCGUGAUUUGUGCUGAUUUUGGCAUGUGGGUACCUUUCAAUUAUUGUCAUGGCUGUACUUUUGGGGAAGAACAGAACUUAGGUGAGCCUCAUUCACUGAACCUUUUAAACCCUUUAAUUCGAGUUCUGUGCUAUUAUUCUCCUCCCAAGAUUUCAACACAACACUGUUUUCGCCUCUCGAAUCGUGUUCGAGAGUGUGUGUGAGUGAUCAAUGGCUGAAUUCCAUGGCAUAGACCCCUCUCAAUUUAGGGGUAUGGUAAAGAGGGGCGUAGAGUGGGAUUUGAAUCAAUGGAAUUGGGAUGGAGACCUUUUUAUUGCUACCCCUACCAAUUUUCAAGCUAAGCAAUUCAUCCCUGUUGUUCCUGUUUCCGGGAAUUCCUCAAACACCUCGUCGUCGUGCUCCGAUGAUGUCCAUUAUCCUAUUGAUGAUGGAAGAAGAGAAUUAGAGAGGAAAAGGAGGGUUAUUGUUGUUGAAGAGGAUAAUUUGGAGGAGCCGGGAUCCUUGACCUUAAAGCUUGGUGGAAACUGUUUUCCUCCCGUCCCUGAGGGCGAAAGGGAAGUCGGUAAUUGGGAGGGAUCAAGUGGGAAGAAGACCAAGUUGGCGGCUGGGGGUUCGUCCAAUCGUGCUCUUUGCCAGGUUGAGGAUUGUGGAGCUGAUCUCACCAAGGCCAAGGACUAUCACAGGCGUCACAAAGUCUGUGAGAUGCAUUCAAAAGCCACUAAAGCCCUCGUUGCCAAUGUUAUGCAGCGUUUCUGCCAGCAGUGUAGUAGGUUUCAUGCUCUUCAGGAAUUUGAUGAAGGCAAGCGAAGUUGUAGACGGCGUUUGGCUGGCCAUAAUAAGCGACGGAGGAAAACACAACCUGAUACAGUUGCCGGUGGAAAUUCUGUAAAUGAUGAGCAAACUAAUAGUGCUCUGUUGAUGAGCUUACUUAGGAUACUUUCAAACAUGCAUGCUAAUAACAAAUCAAACCAGAGUACUGAUCAAGAUCUUGUCGCCCAGCUUCUGAGAAGCCUUGCCAGUCCUUCUGGGUCACACAUGGGGAAAGGCUUACAUGGAGUCUCGCAUGAGUCACAGAAGAUAAUAAAUGGUGGAAUAGCCAAUAAAAAUGGGCAUUCAGAAAAGAUGUCACAUUUUCUCUCUAAUGAUGAUAUGAAUCCUCCUCAAGUAAUUGAUCAACAUCCUGCACCACCUGAUUCAGAGAUCCCAAGAAAAGGAUUAUAUGCAGAUAAUAGCAAGAGCAGUGAAAUACAGGCUGUAUCCUCACAAGAACCAGGAAGUUCGUUCCCAAUGAAAGAUAGCCCUCCAGCUUAUUCUGAGAUCACAGCAGGGAGGAUGAAGUUGAACAAUUUUGACCUGAAUGAUGCAUAUGUAGAUUCAGAUGAUGGAAUGGAAGAUCUGGAAAGGUCCCCUGUUGAUGGAAAUUUUGUAACUGGCUCAGCUGAUUACCCUUCAUGGGCACAGCAGGGCUCACAUCAGUCAAGUCCACCACAGACUAGUGGCAAUUCUGACUCGGCUUCCGCGCAAUCACCUUCAAGUUCUAGUGGAGAGGCUCAGAGUCGCACGGAUCGGAUUGUUUUCAAGCUAUUUGGUAAAGAACCAGGUGGCUCCCCCAUUAUGCUGCGGGGGGAGAUCCUUGAAUGGCUUGCUCAUAGUCCUACAGACAUCGAGAGCUAUAUUAAACCUGGGUGUAUAAUUCUGACAGUUUACCUUCGCUUGGCUGAGUCCUUAUGGGAGGAGCUUUGCUCUGAUCUUUCAUCCUGCCUCACACGACUCUUUGACAUAUCCGAUGACACUUUUUGGAGGACUGGAUGGGUGUAUGUACGAGUGCAGAAUCAAAUAGCAGUUGUUCACAAUGGCCACGUUCUCUUGGAUACAUCAUUGUCUCUCCACAAUAGUAAUUGCAGUAGAAUUUUGAGUGUCAUGCCUAUAGCCGUAUCCAUGGAUGAACGAGCUCGCUUUGAAGUUAGAGGUUUCAACCUCUCCGAGUCCACAACUAGAUUACUCUGUGCAAUGGAAGGAAAAUAUAUAGAUCAAGAAGCAACACAAGAGUCAAAAGAUGAUUGUGAUUUUGUUGAGGAAGAUGAUGAGGCUGAGCACGCCAGUAUAGUCUGCUCUGUUCCCAAUGUUACUGGUAGAGGGUUUAUUGAGGUUGAGGACCCUGGUCUCAGCACUAGUUUCUUCCCUUUUAUAGUUGCAGAAAAGGAUGUUUGCUCUGAGAUUCGGACACUGGAGAGUGUCUUGGGACUGAAGAAGAGCGAUGAAGAUGCAUAUGAAGUAAAUAAAACACUAGAAUCUAGGCGUCAAGCCUUGGAUUUUAUAAAUGAAAUGGGCUGGCUGCUCCAUAGAAGUCACUUGAAAUUAAGAUUGGCUGACCUAGAUCCUAACGCUACCAUAUUUUCUUUUAGACGAUUUACAUGGCUCAUGGAGUUCUCCAUGGAACAUGAUUGGUGUGCUGUUGUCAAGAAACUCUUGGACGUUAUGGUUGCUGGAACUGUGGGAUCAGGGGAACACCCUUCCCUGAAGGUUGCGUUGUUAGAAAUGGGUCUCCUCCACAGAGCUGUUCGUAGAAAUUCUAGGUCUAUGGUGGAGUUGCUUUUGGAAUAUGUCCCCAUGAAAUUUUGUGAUGAAUUCAUGUCACCCGUUGAUGGUGGCAAAGAAAGGUUUUUGUUUCGGCCUGAUGCCCAAGGACCUGCUGGUUUGACCCCACUUCAUAUUGCAGCUGGCAGAGAUGCCUCUGAAGAUGUAUUGGAUGCGCUACUUGAUGAUCCCGGAAAGAUUGGAUUGGACGCAUGGAAGAACGCUCAGGAUAGCACAGGGGCCACACCUGAGGAUUAUGCCCGUAUGCGGGGACACUAUGCUUACAUACAUAUGGUCCAGAGGAAGAUCCAGCGGAGUUUAGCUUCAGAACAUGUGCUUGAUAUCCCAGUAGAGCCAUCUGUUGCCCCAAGGCAUGAUGGGGCUGUGAGCUUUGAGGUUGGAACAAGUGUGAAUCAGAGCUGCAAGCUAUGUGAUCAGAAGAAGAUGUUCAUGUAUUAUAGAAGUAGGGUAAGGACAUCGCUAGCGUACAGGCCUACAAUGCUCUCCAUGGUUGGUAUUGCUGCAGUAUGCGUGUGUGUGGCUCUUCUCUUCAAGAGUAUGCCUAAUGUUGUCUGUCUCUUCCAGCCUUUCCGUUGGGAAUUGCUCAAUUAUGGGUCCAGCUGAUAUUCCAUUUCUGGUCUGUCAUCAAUUCGUGUAUAAUUUGGAGUCUUUAAUACUGUAUCAAUUACAUUUGUGUUCUGUAUUUCUAUUUGCAUUCUUUUAUGUUGUAUUCUAUAGUAUCCUGUUUCAAGAAAGGCGGAGGAUUUUCGAGUACGAGAAGUCCAUGCUAGAACAGAGAUGCAAUAACAGUAGUAAUUAUUGAUGAUUUAUGUAAUAGAGAUGUAACUAUGAUAAGCUCUAUUUUUAGUUCUGUA